AGAGAGAGAGAGAGAGACAGAGCUUUGUGCUCACAAUGGCGACUGUAGGUAUGCUAAAUACCUCUGGUUCCUUAUCCGGGAACUACCUCUUAUUCUGCUAUUGGGCCAUUGGGUCACGUGGUUAAAGUAACUUUACAGGGCUGCUCGCAAGUAGGAGGGCUUUAUGGAGCAGAAAAACGACAAAGCUAGAAAAAUUAUUUUCCACUCCAGAAAUUAAUGAUCAUGAGCUCGUAUUUGAUGGAGUCUAACUACAUUGAUCCGAAAUUUCCUCCAUGCGAGGAAUAUUCGCAAAAUAACUACAUCCCCGAGCAUAGUCCAGAAUAUUACAGCCGCGCAAGGGAAACUGGCUACCAGCAUCACCACCAGGAGUUAUAUCCUCCGCGGGCGAGCUACCAGGAGCGCCAGUAUAACUGUGCAAGCAUCCCCGAGCCCGACACGCCAAGGGGACAUGGAAUACCCCAUUCUGCGCACCUGCUGCCAGGGAAAGGCCAACCUGCUUCAUGUGAAACGCCACAGUUGUCCAUGUCCCCCGCCACCCCACCGGCCGCAGCCUCCGCCUGCAACCAAGCUACCCCGGAGCAUCCAAAUAGCACAGCCUCCUCCAAACAGCCCGUGGUGUACCCAUGGAUGAAGAAAAUUCAUGUCAGCACUGUGAACCCAGGCUACAAUGGAGCGGAGCCAAAGCGGUCUAGGACAGCAUACACCCGGCAGCAAGUCUUAGAAUUGGAGAAGGAAUUCCACUAUAACCGAUAUUUAACUCGGCGGAGGCGCAUAGAGAUCGCACACACCCUGGUUCUCUCCGAGCGACAGAUUAAAAUCUGGUUUCAAAACCGACGGAUGAAAUGGAAAAAAGAUCACAGGCUCCCGAACACCAAAGUGAGAUCUUCCUCGUCUUCGUCCUCCUCCGGGUCCAAUACGAGCUCAGCAGCCGGCGGAGUCGCCGCUGCAUCGGCCACCAACACUGGGGCCCCCGACGAACUCACCGGAGCACAGCAUGGCGAGGACAUUACCAGGUUAUAAACCAAGAUCCGGGGUAGACAAAGAACUGGUUAUUUAUAGAACAAUUCUAUAUUUUGUUUUCGUAGCUAUCAUGUGCGGUUUCCUUUUGAGUCCAAAGUUAUAUAAAAUGCAUGUUAUAUGGCAUGGAUUACUGCGAAAACCGAUGAAUUAUUUUUACGUGACACAGGGUUUAAUUUAUUUGAAGUUCGAUUAAUAUGAUGUUUUUUAUUAAAAUGUUUUGAAUGAAGGAGGAAAAAGAAGAAAAAAAAUAUACGUUUUAUCAAAUUGUUAUUGUGGGGCCAUUCUUUUGCCCCGCUGCCCAAGGUAAAAUGCACAAUCUAUUUAUUUCAAACAACACUGGAAGGAUAUCACUAUAAUAAUAGUUAUUUUUGGUAUAAAAAGCUGGAACACACCAUUGAUCUUGAACUUGUAUGUUUAGGAUAACAAAAAUGUGUGAAUUACCUCGUGUAUUUCAGAAACAGGAUUUUGAUUUAGCUUUUGUGGUGUUGAUGUUGUGUUUAGACCGUCAAAAAGCAGAUUAUUGUGAAAUGCAAUAAACGGAGUUUAGUGUACUUGUGCUAAUCAUAUUGGUCAAUAAAACAGUGAGUGUCUAGUUUUACACACGUUUGGUCGAAGUUCAUUUUAGGUAAGGGGAAGUUUUUUAUAGUGGAUUGGAGGGUCUUAAAACGCUACAGAUGUAUGUGUGUGUGUGUGUGUGUGUGUGUGUGUGUGUGUGUGUGUGUGUGUGUGUGUGUGUGUGUGUGUGUGUGUGUGUGUGUGUGUGUGUGUGUGUGUGUGUGUGUGUGUGUGUGUGUGUGUGUGUGUUUGUGUGUGCGUGCGUGUGUGUUUUGAGCAUUUCAGGAAAGAAACAAGAAUCCCUGUGUUUUCAGACUCGUGUUACUAAUCCUGCAGCUCCUCUCGCGUCCUUAAAUUAGCAAUUUGUACAGAAGUUGUGCGUAUGUGCGUGCAUGUUUGUGUUAAAGCCUCACUCAUAAUGGUCUGAAGCUGUUUCUUAAAUAUGGAAACAAGAAGUAGCUUGCGAUGUGCAUUAUGUGCAACCUCAUCAGUCUGAAGGGCAUUCAAUUAGCGCCAGAGAAGCCACUGAGGCCCUCCAGUCCACUGCACUGCUCUGCCAGUGCCACAGAUGAAGCUCUGCUUCCUCCGUCCUAACUUCAACACAAAGAUGCAUGCCAUUGAUUUAGAGUAUACAUUUGUAAUCUGUUAGAGAUUAUAGGUUGUGAAAAUAUCCUAAUUCACUUUGUACGAGGAGUAGUUGCCCGGCUUUUUCUAUUCUCCACUGCGCCAUGCGACUGAGUUUUCAAAUGUGAAAUAAAUACAAAUGAAAUAAAGUUGUGUGCAGAUGCAGUGUAUUGCCUCGUGUGGUGUUCGUGGAGUGUCACAGUGAGAUGAUUUUAACCAGAUGACAUUUGUUAUCAAGCUUUGCGCCCUGGCCAUAAGGAGGAGUGCUGGUGACUCUUUGACUUCUGCUUGGAUAAACACUUUGCCACAUUUGUUUGCUAACUCCCCAGUGUGCAGUUUACCUCUAUGGCAUGCAGCAGCUCGCGAGAACACACCAAAAAAAGAGGUGUAUAAAAAAAAUGGUGUUUAGAGACGUCAUCUUGCGC